UCUUGUGGGGUUUUUUCCAAUGGUUUUUCACUUCUGGUGAUUCUUGUGGAUUUUCAAGCUUCCCAACAUUUGGUCUAGAAGCCUAUCAAAGAAAGUUCUUCUUUGAUUUUUCAGCUACCUCUGCGGGGUUGGGAUGAUAUGUCCAUAUAUAAUCAAUAUAUCACUACUCAUUGGUGGAAUUCUUUCUUGGGGUGUCAUGUGGCCUCUCAUCGAAGAUAAAAAAGGAGAUUGGUACCCUUCUGAUCUCAAACAAAGCAGUUUACAUGGUCUUCAAGGCUACAAAGUUUUCAUAGCCAUAUCAAUGAUUCUUGGUGAUGGUCUAUACAACUUUGUCAAGGUUCUUGGCCGCACUCUUUACGGUUUGUAUAACCAAGUUAUUAACUCAAAAAAACACAGCAGUGUAGCACCCUCCCAUGAUCUCUCACCUACACUUUCAUUCGAUGACAAGCGCAGAACCGAGAUGUUCCUCAAAGAUCAAAUCCCCUCUUGGUUUGCUAUCUCGGGCUAUGUCAUAAUUGCAAUAAUCUCAACAGUCACUAUCCCCUACAUUUUCCACCAGCUAAAGUGGUAUCACAUACUUUGCAUUUACAUCAUUGGACCGGCACUGGCCUUUUGCAAUGCCUAUGGUUGUGGACUGACAGAUUGGUCCCUUGCAUCCACCUACGGAAAAUUAGCCAUCUUCGUUAUCUGUGCUUGGGCAGGCGCAGCGAACGGCGGUGUCAUAGCUGGUUUAGCAGCAUGUGGUGUCAUGAUGAACAUUGUUUCAACCGCUUCAGACCUUAUGCAGGACUUUAAAACAGGUUACAUGACAUUGGCUUCCCCGAAAUCCAUGUUUGUGAGCCAAAUUAUUGGAACUGCUAUGGGAUGUAUUAUAUCACCGUGUGUUUUCUGGCUAUUCUACCAUGCUUUCGGCACUCUUGGUCAACCCGGUUCACCGUACCCUGCACCUUAUGCACUUGUUUAUCGUAACAUAGCUAUACUAGGUGUGGACGGUGUCUCCGCUCUACCAAAAAACUGUCUUGUACUAUGCUGCGUGUUUUUUGCUGGAGCGAUAAUUAUUAAUCUUGUUCGCGAUUUGGUUGGAGAGAAAUAUGCAAAGUUUAUUCCUGUUCCUAUGGCUAUGGCUAUACCUUUCUACAUUGGAAGCUAUUUUGCUAUUGAUAUGUGUGUUGGAAGCUUGAUAUUGUUUGUUUGGCAGAAGGUUGAUAGGGCUAAGGCUGAUGCAUUUGGAUCGGCUGUUGCUUCUGGUUUGAUUUGUGGAGAUGGCAUUUGGUCACUUCCUAGCUCCUUUCUUGCUCUUGGUGGUGUGCAGCCUCCUAUUUGCAUGAAAUUCUUGUCUAGAGCAGCAAAUGUAAAGGUUGAUGCCUUCUUAGGAUCUUGAAUUAUCAUGUUGCUCAUUUUUAUACUUUUAUUCAAAUAUUUUGUAGAGUUAUUUAUUUUAUUUCAUCAGUUAUUAUUGGAUAAUCAUUAA